UCAUUCCAUGAAAAUUUCCAGGAUGAUUCAUUCAAUUAUUUCACAAGCCUAGCUUGAGAGUAUCUUUUCUUAUAUAUAAAAGUCUUGCCUAGUACUAAUCGGUCAUUACUUUCUCAUAAAAAUGGCAACAGCCUCCCUUUCCAUUUCCAUACCAAUAGUAGCAUGGACUAUCUGGAUCUUGUUAUGCGGAAAGUGUUUGGAUAAUGCACUUCAUCAGCUGCUUGUUGCUGCAUCUGGAUCAUCUGACCUUCAACUUAAACGAGCCAAGGCUUUGAGGGAGACUAGGUGGUGGUCGUCCACUACUACCCAAGCCAGUAGUAAUUAUUCAAGUGCUUGCUACUGGGAUGGUAUUACUUGCAAUGUUGGUGGAAUCGUCAUAGCCAUCAAUAAAUCUCAUUAUGGUUUGGGAGGUCAGUUAAACAAACUCAACUUCUCUUUCUUUCCAAAUUUAGAUAGGCUUGAUCUUAAUUGGAACUUCCUCACGGGGUUCAUCCCAAUUGAGAUAGGGAUGCUAAAGAACUUGGUCUAUUUAGACCUUCAUUCAAAUAUGCUCGUCGGUCCAAUCCCUGCCACUUUGAGUGAUUUAACUAAUUUGGAAUAUUUAGACCUUGGUUUGAACUACUACAUCAAUGGAUCCAUUCCUCCCAAGAUAGGGAUGCUGAAAAAUCUGACCACUUUAUACCUUGGUUCGAACAUGCUCGUUGGUCCAAUCCCUUUCAUUUGGGAUAAUUUGACUAAUCUGAAAGUUUUAGACCUUAGUCAGAACAAAAUCAAUGGAUCCAUUCCUUCUGAAAUAGGGAUGCUGAAAAAUUUGACUUUUUUAUACCUUUAUUCGAACAAGCUCGAUGGUCCAAUCCCUAUCACUCUGGGUCAUUUAACUAAUUUGGAAUAUUUAGACCUUCAUCAGAAUCAAAUCAAUGGAUUCAUUCCCCCCGAAAUAAGGAUGCUGAAAAAUCUGACAUCUUUAUACCUUUCUUCGAACAUGUUCGUUGGUCCAAUCCCUUCCACUCUGAGCCAUUUAACUAAUUUGGAAUCUUUAGGCCUUAGUCGGAAUAAAAUCAAUGGAUUCAUUCCCCCUGAAAUAGGGAUGCUGAAGAAUUUGAUAAUUUUAGGCGUUAGUUCGAACAUGCUCAUUGGUCCAAUCCCUUUCAGCCUAGGUCAUUUCACUAAUUUGAAACAUUUGGACCUUUCUCGGAAUAAAAUCAAUGUAUCCAUUCCCUCCGAAAUAGGGAUGCUUAAAUAUUUGAGCUACGUUAACCUUAGCCAUAACUUUAUUAGUGGAGAAAUACCUAGUGCACUUGGGAGUAUUGCCCCACUAUUGACCUUGGAUCUUAGCUACAAUAAUCUUACGGGCAACAUUCCCUCUUCUCUCACUGGUAUAUAAAGACUCGACUUUUCACAUAAUUCCUUGGAGGGUCAAAUUCCAGACGGUUAUGCUCUGUAUCAUACCUCCAACACAUUAAAUGGCAAUAAGGAUUUAUGCGGUCAGUUCAAGGUUUUCCCUCCAUGUCCAAAAGGUAAAAAAUCAAUCAUA